AUGGCCAAGGAAAAGAUAGAAGCAGCAGAGGAGAAGGCCAGGGAAAAGACAGAAGCAGCAGAAGAGAAGGCCGAGGAAAAGACAGAUGCAGCAGAAGAGAAGGCCGAGGAAAGAACGGAAGAGGACAGGUCAAAGUAUUUGUACUUGGACGAAGAGUCGUUGUGGGAUACCUUACCCCAAGGCAUCGAUGAAGCAAGCGUCCAGUUGGAUACUCUGCCAGGUAAUCUUGAAAAGUUUUACCGGGAGUACGUCGCAAUCAUGAAGAGGAAAGCUUCGAUGCUACCGGACGGUUACGGAAAGAAGUGUACGAAUAUGCUGAAGGAGAUAAGGUCCCAAGACAUCUUCAGCGAAGACAUGAAGCUGUUCAAGCGAGCAGUUGGAGAGAAAGAGGAAAAGUAUAACGUGCUCAAGAAUGAGUACGAGCUGAAGAUAAAGGCUAUGGAAGAGAAGUGUGACCUGGAGCUGGAGAAGAUCACGAAGGAGAUAGAGCAGGCACGCAAAGAUGAAAAAAGAUUUGAAAGGUGA